AUGAGACCCAACUCUGAUGAUGUCCAGCGAAUGAUGUACGAAAGCUCAGUCCGUUUUCACGCAAAACGAGAGAGGAUGAUUCGUGGGCUACCUCAACCUGAACGUCGUGCAAAAGCCAAACGGCUGCAGUACAACGCGAGUCAUCCGUCCUCUUCUGGUGAGAUCGAGCAACGAAUCUCCUCUUCAUGCACUUUCAUACGAAAUGAAAGUACCCCCCAACAAACAUUCUCCGACCUGGGACGCAUUUUUGCAAAAUAA